GGAGAAAGUGCGUCCUCGGGUCGCGUUUUUUUCCUACCAGAAAAAUCUCCGAAAGGCACAAUUUUUACUGCAAAAUGGAGAUUUUCCACUUCAAUUUGUGCAGAAUUUUACCAUUUAUAGCAUCUGCAAUCGCGAUUCGAGUUGCCUACGUAUUCUAUUGGACUGGAAAGCCUCUCAAACCCUCAGCCUCGAAAUCUCUUAGAACCCUAAUCAUUCUUGGAUCAGGAGGUCACACAGCAGAAAUGCUCAGCAUUGUUAAUAUUCUUCAGAAAGAUAGGCUUGCCCCGAGGUUUUAUGUGGCGGCUGCCACCGAUAAUAUGAGCCUUCAAAAGGCUCGCAUUUUAGAAGAAUCAUUGAUUCAGCAAGGAGAGAACAAUACUGCAGGAAAAAAGAUAGAGGAUUCUCAGUUCAUGCAAAUCUAUCGAAGCCGGGAAGUGGGUCAGUCUUAUAUUACCUCUAUUUGGACAACUUUGGUCGCUAUUUCACAUGCUUUGUGGCUAGUGUUCGUAAUGAGGCCUCAAGUGAUUAUCUGCAACGGUCCUGGAACUUGUAUUCCUCUCUGCGCGGUUGCAUUCCUUUUCAAGGUAGUUGGCUUCAGCUGGUCAUCGAUCUUCUAUGUUGAGAGUAUCGCGAGAGUGAGGAAGUUCUCUUUAAGUGGCUUAUUACUGUAUAAGCUCCACUUAGCUGAUAGGAUUUUUGUUCAAUGGCCUAAGCUGCAAAAGGAAUAUCCGAGAACAAUCUACGUCGGUCGCCUCAUGUAAAGGAAAUCUUUGGAGAAUUGGGAGUGCUUAUUCUAAAAAAUGGUUUCAGCGAUCCGUUGCUAGAUGCACCAUCUCCAAAUCAUGCUCUCUGAUAAUGUUAAAGUGGUUCUUGACGCAUAUUUAGUCUUUCAUGAAACAUUAAUAGUUGGCAAUGAGAUGCUUAUAUUGUUCAAGUUCAUGAUACCCUGUGACCGAUUCCUUCUACUGCUCAUGUGUUACCUUUUUGCUAUGCUUCUCUCAGGGGACGUUAAUGAUAUUGUAUUCCAAAUUUUGUUUUGUAGAUCAUAUUUAUGUGAGUCAAUGACAAAUUUAUUUCUGCUUGUA